CAACAAUAAAGAUCCGUCCACUUCAAGAUGGCGAUGUCCUUCGGAACGCGAAGCGUUGUCCUGGCUAACUCUUUAGCUCGGAUUAGCAGUGCGAUCUUCAAUACCCAUGGGUUACGAGCCAUCCAUGCAACCGAUACAUGCUACAAGCACCAUGCAGCCAGGAUUCGUGUUGGUAAAGGGGACAAGCCAGUGACAUACGAACAGGCCCUUCACCCUCAUCACAUAGCUCAUCGCAAGGGCUGGCUGUCUCAGCACACCAGUAACUUGGAGGGAGAGACCGGCGCGGCUGAGAGGACAGUGGAGGACGUCUUUAUAAGGCGCUUCAUCUUUGGCACAUUUCAUGGCCUCCUGGCUGACGAAUUGGUCCUCAAGCGCAGAGGCAAUGUCAUGGUGGUCUGUGCACUUCUGCUCCAGAAAGUGAGCCCUCAGAAGAUCUACUUCCUUAUAGGCUAUACUGAGACCCUGCUGUCCUACUUCUACAAGUGCCCUGUCAAGCUGGAGGUACAGACGGUGAAGGAUAGAGUGGUGUACAAGUACCUGUGAGGGCCAGGCUGGGUCUCCAACCUGUGGAGAUCACCUCCUGGUGACCUGGAGUGCCCUGGAUGUGUGACUAUGCUGAAUAAAGAGAAGGUGCUUUGGUGACAAACUACCACUGGACUCUCCUAUGGGACACGUGCACAGAUAAUUGUAAAUUAUCUUCUGAGUGAUCUAAUAGUCUGAGCCCCCUGCAGACUCUCAAAGUGUUGAAAUUCCACAAUAAAUAUCUUGUCCAACUGA